AUGGAGUUAUGGUUGAAUUAUGUCGUGAAUGGUGUUGAUUGUACACCUGCAAAUGAAGCAGCUGAAAUUGCUAAUGCCGUACAGCGAAACGAUUUUCCCACCGACGAACUAUACGCAUUUGCUGUUAUGAAUAAAUCGCUUAUUGAAAGUGUUAAUAAUAUAGAAUCAUUAAAUUGGACAAAUGAAAUGGAUAGAUCGUUAAUGAAUAGAACAAUAACGAUGUAUAACGAUGAAAAUAUUAUAAAUACGGGUGAUAUUAUGUCAUCACCAGAUCAGUUUUAUAAAUCAGUAAAUAGUUCGAGCACCGCUGAAAGUGAUCUUAUCAACUUAUCAGAGAUCGUAUUUGCUUAA